AUGCAGAGCACCCACAUAUCAGCCAAGGGCAAGGGCAAGGGCAGGGCCGGGGAGGAGGAUUAUGCACAGUCUCUCGGAUCUCUCAGUCUGAGUGACUACGGUGAUCGCCCUACACCCAGUAACGAUUCCUACGGAUCAUCGUACACAGACGUAUACGGCUCAUCUUAUGAGCAACCAUACAUCGCCGAUGAUCACUAUAGCUGGACGGCACAAAGUUCGCUUGCUCCUAUGCAGUCAUCGUCAGUGGUAUUUAGUGGUACCUCAGGCAAUGACAGUUCCUACCCAACCAUUAUCGCAAGUUCAACAGAAGGAUAUGAACAUCAAAACGAACCCACUGGCUAUACGGGACACGACACCGCAUCCGUAACCCGCAGCACCGUGCCUUCCUCGUACGUGGGAGCCUCAGUGAAUGGGUGGAUCGAGACGCUUUCCCACGGACCUGUGGCAUCUGCUGCCACUCCAACCUAUAGCGGCUAUACGGAAUACGACACCGCGUCUGUGACCAGCAGCUCCGUGCCCUCCUCAUACGGGCAAGCCUCAAUAAGUGGGUGGAGCGAGACGUAUUCCCGCGGAACUGCGGCAUCCUCUAUUCCUUCCGCACAUAGCAACCGAACCGACGUGAACAACACUAUUCACCGCCAGCACCCGCCAAUUGAACGAUACCAGCUACCUUGUGAAUUCUGGAACCUAACAGGUUGUAAAAGAGUUUUUGCUGGUGAUGAUGUACAAGGCUGGAUGGAUCAUGUUGAGGGCCACCUGCAGAGCAAGUUUCCAACAAGGCUGAGAUGCUGGUUUUGCAACGAACACAACUUUGACGCAAGGGAGACAUCCAAGGGGGACGUCCGCUCCAACUUUAAUAUGCGAAUGCACCAUAUUCGCAACCAUAUUACAUACGAGGGCUACCGGCCCGACCAGAUGCACAGGGAUGGGCUCCUCGUCCAACACCUCCUCGACCGCAAUCUUAUCGAUAGACGCACAUACGAAAGUAUUGUAAAUCCCACGACAGUGCCGCCUGUACCAGGCAGCCAAGGCCGCCAUAGCCGUUUCAGGAGUCAUCACCCCCUCCUUCAACUACCAGUCAUGCCCUCUCCAAGCCUGAUGUCCAACGGCCAGUCCAACGUGCCGCCCCGCUGGAAGAUGGAGCAGUCCCAGCUGCAGCAGCCUUUCUCCUCUCUCAGGCAUCGCCACUCACCAAGCAUCUCGUCCCUCAAGCAGUACAACCAGAACUAUAACAUCGACAAGAAGACCGCUGUUCUGUCCACCAGACUUGUCUCGCCACCUACUCACUCACCAGUUGAUUCCGGUCGUCCCGGGCAGCCUGCCCUGGUCUCAUCCGCCGGCCCAGCCUCGGUAGAAGGGGAAGCGGUAGCGGAGUCGUCAUCGAGACAUCGUCGCGAAAACAAAGGUCAAAUUCCUGGAACUAGGCCAGCUCCGAGUGAAGGUGGUUCAAAGCAGGCUCGGCGAAAUAGAGAAGUUAGCGAGCUCAUCUCCGCACCUGCCGUCGUUUACCCUGAUGACGCUGCACUUAGACUUCUAGAGCAACUCCCGAGUUCGCUAUACUCUUCAUUGAAAUUGAUGGAGAAUCUCUCUCUCGAAGGCUCGAGCGGCUCAAGCAGGAAUACUAGUAGUACACGCAAGCAUUCUGAAGAUCACAGUAUUGGACACGCGGGGGACGAGACUGUUGCAAAAGCUGCUAUGAGUGAGUUACAGCAGAUUGAUAGUGAACUUGUGAGGAAAGAAAGCACUUGUUCAACGGAGCGAAUCGAAUCACCACAGUCGCAAGACCAUUCAAACGAUGGACUUUCAAUUUACUCAACAGAUACAUCAACUCCCGAAUCAGGUUCUUUUUGGUCGGCAGAAUACUCAGAAGAAGAGGACAACAAACUGGACGAAGACCAUAUCUUCAACCAGUUCAGAGCCUCGGCUACUGCGAGAGUGAUUGAGGCCUUCAAUGCUUGGAGAGAAAACCAUCUUAAUCAGGAUCUGCCUUCCGAUGGUGCAGGUGGUACAGGCAAAGCAAAUCCGGCGCCAAAUCAAAGCAAGGGGAAGGGCAACGAUUCAGCUACAAAGAAACGGACAUGGGCGGACCAGACAGGGAUCAGCGAGGAGACCGCCGACAACAGUGGGCCCUCGUCAAACCAGGUCGGGAGUAGCAAACGCCCACAAACAUCUGCUCAGCAGCUCCUUUUUGCCUGUCCAUACACCAAAAAAGAUCCGAGAUCACAUGGAGCCUGCUACAAGUAUAAGCUGAGCAGAAUUCGCGAUGUAAAGCAGCACCUUGUUCGACGUCACCGGAAUCCGCUAUACUGCCCUGUGUGUAUGAGCAUAUUUCAGACGGAAGAGGAACGUGACGGCCACGUUCGAGAGCGUUCGUGUGAAUCCCGACCAGCAAUCAGACUGGACGGGAUCACAGAGUCACAGAGAUUUCAACUUGCGAAGAAGUCGGCGGCACAUUCCACCGAAGAGGCCCAAUGGUAUGCCGUAUUUGACAUUGUGUUUCCAGGACACCAGCCGAGGCCUCUGUCGCCGUACGUCAAUCCUGAGCUCAUACAAGACAUCACGCUUUUUGAGAAUUUCUUGAUGAGCGACGGACCAAGGGUUGUUUCAGACGUCUUCACUCAGCAUGGGGCUUCCGAUUGGAACCUUCCCGACGAGGAACGGGAGCGUGCAGCCUUUUUGCGGCCCGUUUUCGACGAAGGGUUCAGUCUCAUUUGUGAACAGUGGCGUGCUAGAAGUAGCAGCAGCAGUCAAGAUUCGAAUUUGCCUUCAGGCUCAGGAAGUUCCAGCCAGAACACUCCACCGUCAUCUUCUUGUUCGAGGGAAGGGGUUGACCCACGUGCGGUUCGCGACUCCGGGGCCGUGCCGCCCGUGACUGCAGGAAGUCCGCCAGACGGGGGACCGUUGGAUGCACUUUUCGAAGGCGUGGAUAUUCCAGAAAAUUCGGCAGACCACUUUUCUUUUGGUGAAGGAUUGGAUGAAACCUUCGGAUUUCAACAUAACGGCGUCGAAUUUCCAGCAGGGCGGACUUACGGCGUUGACGACAUGAUGCGGCCGAUGACGGACGAUGCGGAGGCGGGCUCAUCAUUCCAGCUGGGCUGGACUGAGCCCGCUCACCAUAGGUCUGAGCAUCGCCGGGGUUUCCAUUGA